AUGGGCGUCUCGGUUUAUCGCGAAGUGACGAUGACCACCACCACCACCGCGGCCGCCUCGACUGUCGCGUCGUCUUCGUCGUCCGUUACCGCCGCCGCCGGGUCCGCAAACAAGACGCCGUCGUCGAACGUGUUGAUGUGCCGCCAAUGGUGGAAAGUGUGUUGGAUGUACGGAGAUCAGGAAAAGUAUUACCGACAGCUGUACGGAGCGACGAAAAAGCAGUCCUCUUCGGCUUCGGCCUUUGGCAUCAACGGUGGUAGCGGUGGCGGCGGCGGCAGGGCCACGGUCAUGGAACUCCAGCAAAUGUCCACCGUGUCUUUCGUGCCUCCACCGCCCCGGCCCAUCGAUAGACAAGUGUGCCGGAACUGCAACUGUCCGAGGGACGACCACAGCAGCGGCGGCAGCACCAGUGGCAGCCACAACAACGACCACCACCGACAACUGACGAUCGCCGACACGGCCUCGUGCGGAGGAAGUGGUGCCGCGGCGAUAAUGUCGUCGUCGGCGAUGACCGGCGUCAAGCGGGGCACGCCCCCGCCACCGUUGCCGCCGUUGCCCACGGGCCCGCCGGGUUACGAUCAAGCGAUCGGCGGUUACGAGAAACUGCUGGCCGCUACGGCGGCCGUGGGUUCGACGGCCACGUCCACGGCGUCAGUGGCCACGGCCGCUGGGCGCAAAGACCCAUUGGCGGUCGCCGCGCUCCACCUGCAACACCACCACCACCACCAUCCGCACCACCAUCAUGCUGUGGCUACGGCCACGGCGGGCGGAGGUGACCCACAACAGCGGCACUCGCACUCCGACGACGAUUCCGGGUGCGCGCUGGAGGAGUACACGUGGGUGCCCGCCGGACUUAGACCAGAUCAGGUGCACUUAUUCUUCUCGGGCGUGCCCGAAGACAAAGUGCCGUACCUGAACUCGGCGGGCGAGCGGUACCGGGUAAGGCAGCUCCUGCAACAGUUGCCUCCACACGACAACGAGGUGCGGUACUGUCGGGGGCUGUCGGACGAAGAACGCAAAGAGCUGAGGCUGUUCAGCGCUCAGAGGAAACGCGACGCCCUGGGACGCGGCGUGGCCAAGCAGCUGGUCGCUGACGUGCCUUGUGCGAACUGUCAAGAGACCCUGCAACCUGGCGACAUGGCGGUGACAGCGAGCAGAGUCGGGUCGGGCGCGGCGUGGCAUCCGGCUUGCUUCACGUGCCGAGUGUGCAAAGAAAUACUUGUCGACCUCAUAUACUUCUACAAAGACGACCACGUGUACUGCGGUCGACAUCACGCGGAAACGCUCAAGCCCAGGUGUUCGGCUUGUGAUGAGAUAAUCUUGGCUGACGAGUGUACGGAAGCAGAAGGUCGUGCUUGGCACAUGAAACACUUUGCGUGCUUGGAGUGCGACAAGCAGCUCGGGGGCCAGAGGUACAUCAUGAGAGACGGUCGGCCUUACUGUCUGCAGUGUUUCGACGGCCUGUUUGCCGAGUACUGCGACUCUUGCGGAGACCCCAUAAGCGUGGACCACGGACAAAUGAGUCACGAAGGACAACACUGGCACGCCACUGAACAGUGUUUCUGCUGUCACACGUGCAGAUCGUCCCUGCUCGGCAGACCUUUCUUGCCACGUCGCGGGGCCAUCUUUUGUUCGAUCGCCUGCAGCAAAGGCGAACCUCCGACGACGAUGACGACAUCGCAAAGGCCCGAAUCGGAAAUGGCCGACGCCGCCGCCGCUGCACAAACGGCACAGACGACGCCCGCGCAAACGCUGCAGCUGCAACCGGUCGCCGCCGCGCCCGAUUCACCGGCCGGCGGCGGAAGACGGACCGCAACGACCAACGGAUUCGCGUCACCUUCGCCAUCACAACAAUCGGCGUGCCGGUCACCGUUAAUGGGUCGCAGAGCGUUGCAGAACUCCAACAACAGCGGCGCGUCGUCACCGUCGCCGACACGCCACAUGCAGCAACGGGCCGCGGGUGAUGGCGUGUUGUCACCGCACGUCGACCGACCGAACGCAGUGGCCGCCCGGCCGUCCGACUUGGACGUGCGACAGCGGCGCCGGCGCAACGACAUCGCCGUGGUAGAGUCCAGGCGCGUGGUCACCGUGUUGGACAGGGACGAAUGUGGUAACGGUGACAUGGCCAGUGACGACGACGGCGGCGGAGGCAGCAGACCACGCGGUCACGGGUUCGCGGCCGCGUCGUCAGCUGUCGUCGCCGUUGACCGGACGGACGGCGGCCGGUUGGACGAAACGCUUUACGAGCUGCAACGACUGUUGAGCAACGGCAAACUGCCUCAAAGGUUCCUGGAGAAGCUCAUCUCUGACGACGAGAUCACCGACCGGCUUCUGAACGAGUUUGAAAAACUCACCACCGCGGCUGCCGCCACUGCCACGGCCACUGCCGUGGAACCAUCCCCGCCAUCCUCGUCGUCUUCGAGCCGCCGGCCGGUGGUCGACCGGAGACUGGCCGGUGCCGUAGCGCCACCCACUGCUAUCGUUGCGGCCGCAAAUACACCAUCGCAGCCACGUCACGCUUCGUCGUCGUCGUCCACGCCCGAGACGGUGGCCACAGCCUCAGGUGGCCGAAGGUCCGUCCGCUUUGAUGGCACUGCUUUGUCGUCGACCGACCCGCCGGCUUCCGGACGCACCAGACGUCGGCGCCGGGAAGGCCGGAACAACCGGAGUCGGAGCCGUAGCCGGAACAGCAGGCCAGUUCCGCCGCCGCCUCCACCACCUGGUAACGACGACGGUGACGAUUCCUCGGCCGAACACGGUUGCUGUUCCACGUGCUCGUCCAGUUCGGGCAGCGAGCUCGACGACCUCUCGGUGUACCGGUUACCGGCUCGCAGGCCUUACGGCCCGGGAGCCGGAGCCGCGGCCAGGAUCUCGUACGUGCCCAACGACGCCAUAGCGUACGCCAAACAACAGGCCACCGCCCACCGGUCUCCCGGUAGGAGGACCACGGCCGGUGGCCACUCUCAACAGAACAUGCAGCAGCAACAGCAACAGCAGUCGGUGGACGACAAGAACUGCGUCAUACAAUAG